AUGGUUACGGAGAAGAUACUCCUGCUGGCGGACGACUUAGAUAUCGUCAUCGUCGCACAGGACGAUGCAGAGAUGUGCUCCCUCCAAGCGGCCCGACUCCUCCACGCAAACCUGUGCUCACAACGACGGAAGGCCAGCAAGGCGGGGCUCGAGCUGCUGUCCCAGAUCGAGGAGAACAUCGCUCAUUACGAGCACGAGAUCAACGAGCUCCAUGCAGCAGCCACGCGCCUGCACGCUCUGCAGGAGGAGAGGGACUCGCUCACGUUCCUGCAGGUUCACCUGAAGGAGACAAACCGGAGAGACGCUCAGAAGGAAGCUCCACACUCAUCUUUCAGCAAAAAAGACAUCGCCGUGAUCAGCGCCCUGCAGGGAGCUGGGGUCAACCUGCUGGCAUUCAUGUAUGGACGCUCACCGACUGUGGACCUCAACUCGGCCUGCAACAAACUCCAGAUUUCCUCGGACCUCAGGACAGUGACGUGGACCGCUGUCUCCCAGGGUCGCCCCGAUCACCCAUACCGCUUUGAUUACUGGGACCAAGCCCUGUGCUCCGAGAGCUUCUCGUCGGGUCAGCACUACUGGGAGGUGGACGUGGAGAAUGUGGCGGAUUUCUGUCAGCUGCUGCGAUAG